AUGAAGCCUCCGUCGACGAUGAAGCCAAGUUAUUUCGAUGCCAUAAAAAAGGAUUCUAUUCAUUCUAUGUCUCUCAUGUGGCCUCAAACGACGAAACAGGCGUCCGUCGUAGAAGAGGAAAAGAUGAUGCCUCCGCCGCCCGCUUUGAUUCCCAUAUCUCGUCGUUCCUCCGCGUCUACUAUGAUUAUGCCCGACGGCGAGGCGGAAUUAAAAAUCGAAAUAAUUGACGAUGUCGGUCAGCAUAAUAAGCAGCACGAUCAGCAGCAGAGUUCUUUGUCGCCGUCCGAUGUUCAGGGUGUGGAUUUGAGUAUGAAAACUCCUUUGCUGCGACAUUUGGUUGAUAUACCGCCCGUUUCGGUAGGGUCGCUUGGAAUAGAUAAAUAUUUUCCCAAAGGUGACUCCCGUCCCGCCCAAAAAUCGUCUUACGUGUACGUGUCCGAUCAAGAGGAGAGGCAUCAGUUUUUGGAUGAGGAUCUUCUUCGUCCGCCAUCCGCUAAAAUCCCAUCGCUAGAAUUUUCUGUUCAAAAUCCCGAUUUGUCCGCGGCGUUUCCCAGAGGUUCGACGCAAUGCGUUACCCCGAAUUCGACCGUCAUUCAUUCGUCGUCUGGACUCAGUGAGUCUUCCCAACCCGGCGAUAAUAAUUCCGUGAGCGAUUACGAUGCUUAUCCCAGAGUUCGAAUAUCGAGCAUGUCACAAAAUUACAAUCAUUCAAAUUCGUACAAUGAAUCCAGAUCCAUUGUCAUGAGGGUUUAUAAUUCCGAACUUUCUCCCAUGGUACUUUCUAAUGACUGCUCUAUCGACAAUGCUAUGUCCUCGGUGGUCAAGCAAGCUGUUCGCGAUAUGGAGUCCGCAUUUUACUGCCAAGCCACGACGCCCGCCACGAGUUCCGUGACUCAAGUCACGAGUAAUAAUUCAUCGGGUGGUUUGAAUUCAUUGGUGUGCCCGGACUUGAUAGCACCCACUCAGCAAACGAGGAAUCUGGACGAUUUUGUCAAUUGCGCUGCCGAGUCCCACAUCAGUCCGAGGAACGACUCGUUCAUGGAACCCAAUCCGAUGUCGCAGUCGCAGUCUCAGUCGCAGUCGCAAUCGCAGUCAUCCUCCGAGAAAAAUCCAACGACGGAAAACACGUUCGGAUCGAGAUAUCACAUCGAUUCUCAUAAUUUGCUAUCCGAAGCAACGGAAAUGGUGGCAGACGUGUCGAAAGAAAAUCAACAGGGAGCCAACGAAAUGUUGCUCGAUCGCGGUAGUACGAACGCGACUUUCGACAGUUUGGUUUCGUCCGUAACGACGCAAAUAUUGUCGGGUACGGAUAAAAUAAACGAUGUCACGUCGGGCUCUUCUUGUUUGAAUACCCUCAUGAGAGCAUCGUCGAAUUCUAGUCCCGCCACCCACGUUCAAACCCCAUCCAUGUCGUUUUCCCCGACGAGAGAUGAAGACAAACCGUCGGCUUUGAUUUCGCCGGGUAGUCAACCACGUUCGCCGAAAGAUCCGUCGUACGGUUCUAAAACCGACGAUGCCAAUACCGACAUGGGAUCGCGAAUGAAAUCCUCCGCUUCGACGGCGGUACCACCUUUACCCGUUAAAAACAUGACGGAAACGGCUCAGAAAAUAGGAGAUAUGAUUGUGCCCGGAGGACCCCCUCCUCCUCUCACCGGAAUGGUACCCCAAGAAAUGGUCAAAAUGACGGACAACGAUUUGAUAAGUUACAUCAAUCCGAGCUGUUUCGAUCAAGGUUAG